AACUGUGUUUACGUCUGAGGUUUUAAUGCUAGGGCGACCUUGAGGAAACAGAAUAUUUAUGUCAUUUGCUGUUACACAAAACGGCGGCCGCCGCAGUAAAUGGGACCAGCCUGGCCCCGGCUCGGAGCCGGAGGGCGAGACGGCACCCACUGGGGCGCUGGAUGCCGCCGCUGCAGUCGCGGCCAAAAUAAACGCCAUGCUGGUGGCCAAGGGUAAACUGAAGCCUUCUCAGAUCGGCGCGCCGGGUCCCGUCGACAAAGGUGUCGGAAUAGGAGGGAAACCUAUAACUCCCAAUAAAGCGAAGGAUGAUCUCGUUGUGGCUGAAGUGGAGAUCAACGAUGUGCCCUUGACCUGUCGGAACCUCUUGACCCGCGGUCAAACACAGGACGAGAUCAGUCGAGUGAGUGGUGCCGCUGUGUCCACCAGGGGGCGCUAUAUGACGGCAGACGAGAAAGCGAAAGCAUUGCCCACCGACCGUCCUCUCUACCUGCAUGUACAAGGACAAACCAGAGACCUCGUUGACAGAGCUGUGAACAGGAUAAAAGAGAUUAUCACUAAUGGUGUGGUGAAAGCAGCCACCAGCAGUGCUAACUCCUCCUACAGCGCUGCCACAGUGACCGUGUAUCAUCAGCCUGGUCCCCCUCCCUCUACGCUGCCCCCUGUAGGCCACAAACCGCACUACCAGUCUGGGAUGCACUAUGUGCAGGAUAAGCUGUUUGUGGGGCUGGAACAUGCUAUCCAGGGAUUCUCAGUGAAGGAGAGAGUGGAGGGUCCAGGCUGUUCCUAUCUGCAGCACAUUCAGGCUGAGACGGGAGCCAAAGUCUUCCUCAGGGGCAAGGGCUCCGGCUGCCUCGAACCCGCCUCCGGGAGAGAGGCCUUCGAACCCAUGUACAUCUACAUCAGUCAUCCAAAACCUGAGGGUCUGGCUGCGGCGAAGAGGCUGUGUGAGAAUCUUCUGCAGACUGUGCAUGCGGAGUAUUCUCGGUUUUUAAGUCAGAUGAGUGCGAUGAUGCCCACGCAAGGUUUUAUCCAGCCUCCUGCUGUUAACGGAAUCUCUCCUCCUCAGCCCGCGUAUUACCCCCCUGCUGGUUUCCAGCCCACUUACCCCCUGCCCGUGCCCCCCCCUCAGCCUGUCCCGCCCCCUUACACCAUCACCCCUCCCACAAUGCCCCCGACAGCAGCGCCCACAGCCAUCCCCCCGCCCAGCGCACAGUACCCAAUCAACACCGCGCCCGCCACCGUGCCACAGCCCCCCACACAGACUCUUCCGCCAGCUCCGUUUCCGCCCUCCGCUCCAGUGCCGCCUAAAGCCACGCCCCCCGUCGCCCCCGCCAACCCCCCACAGAAACGCCGCUUCACGGAAGAAGUACCAGACGAGAGAGACAGCGGCCUUCUGGGAUAUCAGCAUGGACCCAUUCAUAUGACUAAUUUAGGUGCAGGCAUCUCCGUGGGCAGCUCGGAGUCAUCGGGAACCCCGCCUACCAGUUCCUCUGGUCCUGCUCGAGAGAGGGACAGUGGGCAGCUAAUGCCACCACCCCCAGCCACGCGGAUGAACGGAGGAGUGCGGCCCAAGACGGAAGAGAGAAAAUCGCCCCCUGGCAGCCCCCUGGAGCCGCAGACGAAGCGUUUGAAGACAGGUCUGGUGGCAUAUAGCGGAGAUUCAUCUGACGAAGAGGAGGAUCAUGGGACCCCGAAAGCGGGCGGGGCAGGUAACACAGGCAUCGGCCCCUCGUCGCCCGGCUGGACUUUGGGGGGGUACCGCUGUCCCACUCCCCCUCCUCCACGCCCCAAAACACAGACACAAAAACCCAUGCCGUUCUGGAUGGCACCUUAGGACUUUAUAACAACGUCUCACCCAUCUGGUCCACACCCACUUUGCCACGCUCUCACACACACACACACACACACACACA